CAGGACUACCGAUAUCUUAAGACAAAACAUGGAUUAUCGUCGUUUUUCGAAGGUGAUAAAACUGUAAGUUAUCCUUUACUCUUGAAAACAAGAUGGCGUCCGUAAAUGGAGCCCACGUAUCCCAUGAAGCAAUAAGUGACUUAGAUAUUUGCGUGGUUCGUAUCUUGUCUAAUACUGACUGUAUGCCAAGACAUGAGGUUACGGAACAACUAGUGCUAGAUAUUGAUGAAACUUUGUUAAAUGAAUCCAGGAAUUUGUUGUUUGAUCUUGCGAAGUUGAAGCUGUCGUUACAAUGCACGAAGGAAUACGGGCCAAUUGCCGCAAGAGGCUAUGAUCAAAUUGAAGAGGUUAAACCUAGAAAACGCACCGGUGAAAGAAAAAAUGUUAGUUUAGCAAAUGACAUUUAUGACCUCUAUUGCUAUAAAAUGGAUUAUACUGAAUCGUUUCCCAGGAACGUCACCUCUCAAGCAAGCCAUAUUCCAGAGUUAAAGAGAAAAGCUCAACCCCCGCCAAAUGCGCUUGAAAUGGGCACGAAUCUUAAGGUUAUUGAAUUAACUGCUGAAGUGGUUGAAAUGCGCAAGCAGUUAAAAGAGAUAAAAAGGGAUCAUCAAGUGGAAAUUGAUAGACUGAAUAUAACGGUAAACAAGUUAAAAAUUGAAUUGGGUCAACACACAUGUAUGUCCCUAAGCCCACGGUACGGAAAAAUGCCAAUUAGUUCGGACUCCGUUUCGGGUAAUAAGCCACUCUCACAGUCAAAUACGCGACCUAGAGCCAAUUCCGAGCCCGUCCAGACGUAUGCUAAUGUAAUAACAAAGAAAUCAGCUGGAAGAGAAACUGCACUUGAAACAAACAAUAACAAACCCGAAAAAAACAAUAACAAUGAAACUGGCUCAAAUACAGAGUGUUCAAAAAAUGACAAACCCAUAGGUCCUAUUUCCUCUUCAAAGUCAUCUGUUAAUGAAACCCAUAAACCUGCUCAAGUACCCAAUGACACGGUUCCCAAUGAUGAUGAAGGGUUCACGCUCGUAGAACGAGGACGGAACCGGAAAGACUCUGUUACAAGAUUUGGUGAAAGGCGACAAGUUAAUCUUCAAUCCUUAGGGCAUUUGAAACAAAGAAGCACAUCUAACGCUAAAACGCUCAACACAUCCAAAACUCGCACACUUAAAGGAAUCGCGUAUGAAAAAACUCAGACCCUAUAUUUGGAAAAUGUAGGGGUUGAAUAUGGUGACACGGAUAGUGAAAUUGAAGACCUCGUUAGGGAACACAUCAAAUCAAACAUUGGCAUAAACGUCACGAAAAUGUAUGUUGUGGGAAAUAAAUAUUCGACGAUUCGCGUAGGGAUAAAACUCAUAGUUCCCCAAUCUGCAGCCAACAAGGCGAUAGAAUCUGAUGCAUGGCCACAUCCUGUAACGUGCCGUCCGUGGGAACAUAAACCGAGCUCACGUGGAAAACGCAUCCCUCCCCACAUCACAUACAGGUCAAACAGAUAUCGUGACGAACAGGACCCAAGCUCAUAUGCAUAUGAUGAAGAUUACAUUAACAACGACGAUGCCUACUAUAGUGACAUACGCGACUCUACUAAAAAUUACGAGUCACGAUUACAUAAAUACUCUCUGCGAGCAACAGAGAAUAACUGUUCAUAUUAA